CAACGAAAGUGUUUUUCCAUCUAAUCGAAAUUGACGAAACCCGUUGGUUAACCAGAAAUCUAGCCGGUUAAUCUAAGCUAUGUAGUAAUAAAUCAUCAUGUAACAGGCCAUAGUUACCCUAAUUUUAUGGGCCUUCAAAUUCAGCCGAUCAUCAUGUUGACCAAUAAAAGCUUAACGGAUUAGAGUUUUUUGCUCUUCUCAUGUAAUCAAAUCCCUGCAGAAAAAGCACAAAAAUCAUAAAACCCUAGCAAUGGCGACCCAACCGGCGAAAGAGUCUGUUCAAUGUUUCGGAAGGAAGAAGACGGCAACAGCAGUCACCUACUGCAAACGGGGCUCGGGCAUGAUUAAGCUCAACGGUUCGCCGAUCGAGCUUUAUCAGCCAGAGAUCCUCCGAUUCAAGAUCUUCGAGCCAGUCCUUCUCCUCGGGAAACACCGUUUCGCCGGAGUUGACAUGAGGAUCCGUGCCACGGGCGGUGGUAACACAUCUCGGGUCUACGCAAUCCGUCAGAGUAUCGCUAAGGCCCUCGUUGCUUACUACCAGAAGUACGUUGAUGAGCAGUCGAAGAAGGAGAUCAAGGACAUCUUGAUGAGGUACGAUAGGACUCUUCUUGUUGCGGAUCCGAGAAGGUGCGAGUCGAAGAAGUUUGGUGGUCCUGGUGCUCGUGCUCGUUUCCAGAAGAGUUACCGUUAGAUUCUGGUUUGAUUUUUUGUUUCUGUAUCAACGUUUUGGGAUUAUGAUGUUGAAAUUGUGAGACUUGGUUUCUCUUUUGCGUUUUAUUUUCAAUGGUUAUUGGAUAAUGUUUCUACUAUCGAAAAGUUCUCACAAGCUGUGUUUAGUGUUUACGUAGAAUGCUAUUGAUUCUUCGUUCUUCUUCUCCCUCUCACUUUGCAAUUUCAGCCUCCUCUAAAUCGUUGCAAAGGAAACGUUGAACAUAAACUGAGGUUAAUGCGUUUACUCUCUAAUAUGCUGGUUGCUGAAUCAGUUAGUU